AUGAAAUGCAGGAGAGUGAAGCAUAUCAAAAUACAAGAAGUUUUAUUUUCUUUUCCCACUGGUGAUCAAAUCUUAUUAUGUUGUGAUGGAGCAGCAAGAAACAACCCUGGAGAAGCAGGAUAUGGGUUUGUAGGGAGAGAUUCUACUAGCACUGUUUUAAUUGUUGUUGCAGGUGGAAUGGGUAUUGCAACAAACUUCAUGGCAGAGGUUUAUGUAGUCAUAAAUGCAUGUGAAUGGGCUAUUAGCAAAGUUUUCUUGAACAUAUGCAGUAGAUCUGAUUCCAAAGCAGUUAUAAAAUCUUUUUCAGCCAAUGAAGUUCCUUGGUAUGUGCAGACAAGAUGGAACAAAAUAGUUGAUAUUCUUAUUAGCUGCCAAUUCAUACAUAGUUACAGGGAAGUUAACUCCUCGGAUGAUGGCCUUGCAAAAAUGGAAGCUCUCUUACCUAGAGGUGACAAGAGAAUUUUCUUAGGUAGACCUUCUUUUAUGAUACGUAUGGAAAAUACUGAUAUUACAUAUUAUAGAUUUAGUUGA